AUGGCUGCUGCAGUACCCUCUCGGCUGCAGGGGCCCCCCUACGGCGGGGAGGCCCCCGAGGGGCCCCCCGGUGUACCCUAUUUUGUGGCAGCAGCAGGGGCCCCCCUGGGGGGGGAUGGCGGGCCGCUGCUGCGGGGGGCCCCCGCGCUGCCCCCGCAGCAGCAGCAGCAGCAGCAGCAGCAGCAGCAGCAGCAGCAAGACCUGCAUGCAGUGGGGACUGUGCUGGUGCAGCAAGUGGCCAAAGCCCACGGCUUUGAGGAGACAGUCAAAAGGGGGGAGGGCCCCACACUUUCUGAGGGGGCUGCGAGGCUUAUCUAUGCAGCAGUUGAGGGCAGGCUCUUACAGCUGCUGUCUCUGGCCCUAAGGCUCUGCCGCCGCAGCGCGCGAGUGGCUGGGGGAGGGGUUUUGUGUGUCUCGGACGUGAAGGAGGCGAUGCGGAUUCUGAACUUCAAG